CCCAGCACUGAGAUGCAGCCCCCCUGUGGUGCAGUGUGUGGGGACUGUUUAUACGGGGAUCCCUGGCCUGGCUCUGAGAUUCAGCCCCCUCUGGGGUGGAGUUCGGAGGCUGUUUAUACGGGGAUCCCUUGCCUGGCCCUGAGAUGCAGCCAUCUCCAGGGUGGGGCGCAGGGGCUGUUUAUUCAGGGAUCCGCUGCCUGGGCUGAGAUGCAGCCGUAUCUGGGGCAUAGUUCAAGCCCCUACUGUUUGCAAUCCCACCGUGUGUGCGUGGCCAGGUGAUGUCAUGGUCCUGCUGUGUGGGGUGAUGAUGAGACCAUAGGCUUGUGCGGAGCCAAUUUCAUGAGGGAGGGCCCCGUGCAACUCUUUUGAGUCAUUGUGCACAUGUCGUGAUGGCCAUCGCUGAGCACGGGCGAGGUGGAAGAGAUGGAUCUGGGCCUGCAAUAUCCUUGUUCCCAGAUAGCCAUCCCCAGGCUCUCCCUGCGGCGCCAUCUACUCCGGAUACCUGGCCAUGCCCUGCAGCUCCGUUCCUGGCAGAUUCUCAAGCCUCUCACCCGUGUUGGGCUGCAGCCCACCAGUAAGGCCUUGUACUGCCGUGCCCCCACCCGGCUGCUCUCACGGCUCGGGGGGGUGCUGACAGGGCUGGCACUGCCCCGCUGGCUGCGACGCCCCCUGCUAGCGCUCUACGUCUGGGCCUUCUCCGUCAACAUGGCCGAGGCGGCUGAGGAAGAUCUGAGUGGCUACCGCAGCCUUGGGGAGCUCUUCCGGCGCCCGCUCAAGCCCUGGGUGCGUCCCAUUGCACCCCAUGACAUGGUCAUUCCGGCAGACGGCUACAUUGUGCACCUGGGCCGGGUGCGAAGGAGCCGCCUGGAGCAAGUGAAGGGGGUGACAUACUCCCUGGAGAGCUUCCUCGGCCCCCAGGACUGGAGGGAAGAUGGGGGCAGGGGUCUCUCCCCAUGGUGGUGCCGGGGGCACCAGCUCUAUCAGUGCAUCAUCUAUCUGGCACCGGACGACUAUCACCACUUCCACUCGCCCACUGACUGGCACAUCCAGCACCGCCGGCACUUCCCCGGCUCCCUGAUGUCGGUGAGUCCGAGCGUGGUGCGCUGGAUCCCGGGGCUAUUCUGCCACAACGAGCGGGUGGUGCUGAGCGGAGAGUGGGCCCACGGCUUCUUCUCUCUGACUGCCGUGGGGGCUACCAACGUGGGCUCCAUCCGCAUCUACUGCGACCAGGACCUUCAAACCAAUUGUGCCCGCCACGUGCAGGGCUGCUACCACGACCUCAGCUACUUGGACUGGGCGGGGCCAGCUGGGGUCCCCGCCCCCAAGGGAGCCGGCCUGGGCGAGUUCAACCUGGGCUCCACUAUCGUCCUCCUCUUCCAGGGGCCCCGGCGCUUUGGCUUCCGCACCAGUGCUGGGUGCAGGGUGCAGGUGGGGCAGGCGCUGGGCAGCCUGUGACAUGGCGGGCAGAGGGGCAGGCCCCCAUUUCAGGGCGGGACCCUGAUUUCCUGGGGAGAUUGGAGAACCCCUUCACUGCCAUGGGGGGACACCCCAGAUUCAGUGGGUAAAGGGAGGAGACACCACACUUGUGGGAGAAGGGAACCCCCCCAUUUCAGAUGGGAGAAUUGGACCCCUCUUUACUGGGGGGAAGGGAGGGGUCCCCCAUUCCAAUAGCCCCUCCAGCUUUUUGCUGAGGAAUGUGGGGGGCUUUGACAUCCCUUUAGAGCCAUGGAGGAAACAUAGUAGUGACCCUGAUCUUAGCAGGGGAUGGGAUUUUUGGAGGCGGGAGCACGAGGAACCAUACAUUCAAGAGGGAGGACAGAGAGGCCCCCACACUAGGACAAGGAACCCCACUUUCCAGUGAGGGAAUAUGGGGUGAAUCUGUUGCCCCCCCAUCUUUAAUUCCAAUGGCGGUAAAAAGAAGAUACUUGGUUUUAAGUGGGGGGGAUGGUCCCACAUUCAGCAGGGAGGGCAUGGGGGGUGAAUCCGAGGUCCCCCCCCCCUUAAAGGGGGAUGAUAUGAAUGGGGCUCAGGGGAGCUCCUUCCCAGAUCCUUUGGGGUUGAAAUCUGGGCGGAAUUUUUGUACCAUCCCCUCUGACCCCCUGCCAUCCCCACGCCAUCCCAGCACCAUAAAGCUGUCUGAGCACCAGGGGGCAGAAUAGCUCUGAAAUAGAGCUUUCUAUUUUCAUA